AUGGCAGAUAGCCUCAUGGAAGUUUACUGGGAAUGUGUCUUCCCUUUAUAUCCAUUUCUUGUCCCGGCUGAGAUGAAAACAGAGUAUACGAAAAUAUGGACUGGCGAUAGCCUGGAAUACGAUGAAAACAUGCUUAUGUGCACGCUGAAUGUUAUAUUCGCCUUGGCCAGUCAAUUGGCCGAUUUUGUCCGACCUAAUGAACGAGAAGCAUCAGCAGAUGCAUUCUUCUCCCGGGCGAAAGGCCUGUUUCAAUUCAAUCUUUGGGAUACUGGAUCUGCAGGUUUGAUUCAAUGCUUACUUCUCAUGGCCCAAUAUCUGCAAAGUACAGAUUCUGCACAUCAAUGUUGGAUUGUCACAGGGCUCGCGAUCCGUAAUGCUCAAAGUUUGGGACUCCAUCUUCCCCAAAACAUUGCCCGCCUUCGGAGUUUCCAAGAGCAACAGCUGGCGCGCAAAAUAUGGCACGGUUGUAUUUUAAUGGAUCGGGUUAUAUCUAUGACAUUUGGUCGGCCUCCCAUGAUCUCAAAGGCCUCUAGUGGGGCGGUUCCCCUGCCAGCCGCCGUUGACGACCAAUAUAUCCCAUAUGGGUCAAGCAAAGAGGUCUCCCAGCCUCCCGAUCGGCCUUCGAUGAUGGCAUUCUACGCUAAAUCAUUAGAACUUUACGAGGUCAUGAACGAUGUGCUUCUUAGUCUUUACAAACCAAUCUCUGACGAUAAUGCGGAAGAUAUCCAUGACUUCUAUUUCGAUAAUUCUGCAAGCGAGGGAGAGCGGACUAUCUUUGAGCUUGACCGCUCCCUCACUCGAUGGACACGAAGCCUUCCUCCGCACCUACGUGGAGAUUCUUCCACAGUAUCCACAAAUCCUAUAUUUUGCCGCCAAAGCAUUGUCUUGCGUGCGAGGUUUCUACACGUGCGGAUACUUUUGUUUCGGCCAACUCUCUCUAAAUACUGCGCUGUCCGGGAUAAUACGACGGCAUACCCAUUGGUCUCGACGAACGACUCUUUCACCCACCGUGUUGCGCUACAGUGCUCUAUCAUAUGUGUCAAAGCUGCUCAAGAGUCCAUCGAAUUAAUCUACAAUAAUGUCCCUGCUGACGGGACCGGUGGCCCCCUGCCGGCCUGGUGGUAUAACAUCCUUUACGUCUAUACCUCUGCAACUGUCUUAAUCGCUGGCCGUUUGUGCGCUGCGAUCCUUGCCGAGGUCACAGAAAGCUCGGUUGUCCAGUCCUGGAACCAUGCAUUGGAAGUUCUUCGAAAAUACCAAAGCUAUAGCACAUCCGCUCGCCGCUGUGUGGCAGCUCUUGAAAUUCUUUAUGAACAAGUCGCCUCUGAAGGUCUAAUGCCGAUCAGCCAUGUCCCGAGCCAUGAGACAGGGGCCAACGCAAGUGCAGGGAAUAAUAUAUCCUUUGGCGAAGGAAUGAAUGCGGCUAUCUUGGAUAGCUUCGAGUUUCCUGAUUUUCAAGAUAUGUCAUGGUUAAACAGUGUUCCAAGCAACUUUUUCUAG